AUGGCCACUGCACUCCUUGGACAAGUCAUCCCAUUGGCAAGUGGAUUCGCCUCCUAUCUUCUCUACUUCCACCGCGGCGAGCGUCAGCUGUGGCCCUUCCGCAUUGUGCAAUUUCAUCUUUUCGUGGCCGCUGUCGUCCUGGUUGCCCGUCAGCAGUAUCUGUCCGAAUCAUUCGCCACUGCUCUGUCUCGGACCGCGGAAGCUUCUGCUCUAUAUCUAUUCUCACUGACCACAUCUACACUCACUUAUCGCCUCUUCUUCAACCCUCUCAACCAAGCCGUACCAGGGGGGCCUUUCUUAGCCAGGCUCACCAAGUUUCGCCACACUUACCAGAACCGCACACUCAAGAGUCACCAAGCACUUCUCGAACUCCAUCGUCGACAUGGCGAUUUCGUUCGACUGGGACCCAACGACAUCAGCGUUACAGACCCUGCGGCAGUCCAGGUCAUCUCAUCACCCAAUUCGAAAUGCUACAAGUCCGAGUGGUACGACAACGACACGCCUCUGACGUCUAUGCACACCUGCCGAGACCGUGCCCAGCACGAUCGACGCAGGAAGAUCUGGUCGCCUGCCUUCAGCGUCCGCGCGAUCAAGGGCUACGAGACCAGGAUCCAGAAGUAUGGGGAUAUGUUGACUGAGGGCCUGACCAAUGGUAAGUUUGCAAAGAAGGGCCAGGCGGGCAUCAACGUGAGCGACGUCUUCGCAUGGUACAGUUUCGAUGUGAUGGGCGACCUUGCUUUCGGAAGAAGCUUCGGAUGCUUAGACGAGGGCAAAGUCCACUGGGCUAUCAAGUUGCUGAGUGAUGGCAUGAAGCCUGCGGGCCUCGCUUUGCCCGCGUGGUUCUUCCGAGUUGUAAUUGCGAUCCCGGGCGCAGCAGCAGACUACUGGCGCUUCAUCCGCUUCUGCACCGACCAGCUUGACAAGCGCAUGGCCGAGCACUCUGAUCGAGACGCUAAAGCCACCAAUCCUGACACACAAGAAGAGAUGGACAUCACCCACUUCCUCAUCGACCAUUACAAUAAGCUGGACGCCAGCGACCAGCGCGAGGUCCUUCCCAUGCUACAAGGCGACUCCCGUCUGAUCAUCGUCGCAGGCAGUGACACUACGUCUGCGUGUCUGACAUACCUGUUCUACUGGCUUGCCAAGCUGCCUGAGAUCGCGGAGAAGAUCAGGAAGGAGACUGACUCAUGUCGCUUGAAGGAUGAUCGCAGCCAUUUCGACGACCAGAAGCUGGCUGAGUGUGAGACGUUGAAUGGUGCUAUCAAUGAAGCGUUAAGGCUUAACCCGCCUGUCCCGUCGGGUAUCUUCAGGAAAACGCCCAAGGAGGGUGUGCAUAUUGGAGAGAAGUUCAUUCCGGGGGACACUAUCAUUCAAAUGCCUUGGUACGUAAUGGGCCACGACCCCAAGAACUACACCUCCCCCGACCAAUUCCUCCCCGAGCGCUGGUCCCCAUCCCCGCACAACCCGAAACUAGUCCACCACAAGGACGCCUUCCAGUCCUUCAAUUCGGGACCUUAUGGCUGCAUUGGGAAGAACUUGGCGUUGAUGGAGUUGAGGACUGUGACGGCGCAAUUGUUGGAUCGAUUUGAGGUUAAGUUUGCGGAGGGGGAGGAUGGGAGGGCGUUGAUGGAGGAUAGUAUUGAUCAUUUCACUACGGGGUUGGGUGGGUUGAG